AUGUGGAACUCACCCAAAGUCGGAAUCCUCGGUGGUGGACAGCUGGGACGUAUGCUCACAGAGUCGGCCAAUCGCCUCAAUAUCGAAGUGCAUGUAUUGGACGCAGCGAAUGCGCCAGCAAAGCAGAUAAGCGCGCAUGACAACCACACAAUUGGGCAUUUCAAUGACCAGGAUGCGGUGCAAGAACUAGCCAAGAACUGCGACGUUGUGACUGCUGAAAUUGAACAUGUUAAUACAUAUGCGCUCGAGGCUGUGGCUUCGCAGGUCAAGGUUGAGCCGUCGUGGGAAUCGAUUCGCAUCAUUCAGAAUAAAUACGACCAGAAGAAGCACCUGUCGAAAUUCAAUAUUCCCAUGGCCGACUAUCGUGAGCUUGUUGGUAAUACGCCCGAGGAGCUGGCCAAGAUUGGCGAGCAACUAGGCUUUCCAAUGAUGCUGAAGUCUAAAACGCUCGCAUAUGAUGGGCGAGGGAACUAUCCUGUCAAAUCCAAGGAAGAUAUUCCUGCAGCCCUCGAGGCUCUCAAAGACCGACCACUCUUUGCAGAAAAAUGGGCCCAUUUCAAAAUGGAACUAGCUGUGAUGGUAGUCAAGACAAAGGACAGCGUCCUGUCGUAUCCCACAGUCGAGACUGUUCAGGAAGACUCGGUUUGCAAGCUUGUAUAUGCCCCGGCUCGCAAUGUGUCUGAUGCCAUCAAUAAAAAGGCCCAAGAGCUUGCUCGAAAUGCUGUGUCGGCAUUCGAGGGCAAGGGUGCUUUUGGGGUCGAGAUGUUUCUGCUGGAAGACGACUCGAUCUUGCUUUGUGAAAUCGCCAGCCGAGUGCACAACUCAGGCCACUAUACGAUUGAAGGCUGUGGCCUCUCCCAAUUUGAUGCCCAUAUGCGCGCCAUCAUAGAUCUUCCCAUACCCCCGAAGAGCCUGGAGCUUCGACAGCCGUCUAUCAUGCUGAACAUCAUCGGCGGUGCCACCCCUGACUCCCACCUGAAGGCCGCAGAACAUGCUCUCUCGAUCCCGAAUGCUAGUAUCCACCUCUAUAGCAAAGGCGCCGCACGACCGGGGCGAAAGAUGGGCCACAUCACCGUCACAGCAGCGACCAUGUACGAGGCCGAGACGAUUAUUCAACCACUAAUCGACGUCGUUGAUGAAAUACGCGCCCAACGCAGCGAUGUCAAGACCUCCAGCGUGAAAGCCGGGUCAUCCAAACCCACGCCUACGAUUGGUGUCAUCAUGGGUUCGGACAGCGACCUCAAAACGCUGGUGCCUGGGCUGAAGCUUCUGAAAGAGUAUUUCGGUAUCGACCCAGAAGUAGAUAUUACGUCAGCCCAUCGCACGCCAGACUACAUGGCUGAAUAUGCCUCUAGGGCUGCAUCGAGGGGUAUCAAGGUCAUUAUCGCUGCUGCCGGAGGCGCGGCGCAUUUGCCUGGCAUGGCGGCGGCGCAUACUGCGCUUCCGGUUAUCGGUGUGCCUGUCAAGGGCAGUGCAUUGGAUGGAGUUGACAGUUUGUACAGUAUUGUGCAGAUGCCACGAGGUGUCCCCGUUGCCACUGUUGGCAUCAACAACAGCGUCAACGCCGCAUUGCUAGCUGUUCGUAUUCUCGGGGCAUACGAACCGGCGCUGCAACGAAAGGUUGAGGAGUACGCGAAGAACGCCAAACUAGAGAACAUGGAAAUCAAGGGGACCAAGAUGAGGGAGAUUGGCUGGGAAAAGUAUUUUGAGCAAAUGCAGAAAUAA